AUGGAAGAACCGAUUCUACGUUAUGAGAAGAUUGACUUUCUUGGAGAAGGGCAGUUUGCAACAGUUUACAAGGCAAGAGAUGUGAAAACUGACAAAAUAGUAGCUGUCAAAAAGAUCAAAAUUGGUUCCCGAUUAGAGGCCCAAGAUGGUAUCAAUCGAACAGCAUUAAGGGAAAUUAAGCUGCUGCAAGAAUUACAGCACAUCAAUCUGAUUGGCUUAUUAGAUGUAUUUGGACAGAAAUCAAAUGUAUCAUUAGUGUUUGACUUUAUGGAUACUGACUUAGAGAUAAUUGUUAAGGAUAAUAGUAUUGUGCUAACUCCAGCUAAUGUUAAGGCUUAUAUGAUCAUGACUUUAAGAGGUUUAGAAUAUCUUCAUCAAAAUUGGAUAUUACACAGAGAUUUGAAACCUAAUAAUUUACUUAUAAAUCGAGAAGGAAUUUUGAAGAUUGGGGACUUUGGUCUGGCCAAAGCAUUCGGAUCACCAACUCGAAUAAAUACUCAUCAAGUGGUGACACGUUGGUACAGAUCACCAGAAUUGUUAUUUGGUGCAAGACAAUAUGGCACAGGGGUUGAUAUGUGGGCAAUAGGGUGCAUAUUGGCUGAAUUACUAUUAAGAGUCCCAUUUCUACCUGGAGAAUCUGAUCUGGACCAACUUUCGCGUAUCUUUCAAGUAUUUGGUACACCUAGUGAAGAAACUUGGCCUGGUAUGAAAGGUUUAACUGACUACGUCCAGUUUAAGCAAUUCCCACCACAGCAACUUCGUCAUAUAUUUAGUGCUGCUGGAGAUGACUUGAUUCAACUUAUGGAAAGCCUUCUAGCAUUAUACCCACCAAAUCGAUGUGAUUGUACGCAGGCGUUACAGAUGACAUAUUUCAGCAACAAGCCAGCACCUUCAGUGGGCUCUAAGUUACCAAUGCCCUCCAGCAUCUGCAAGGUGGAGACUGAAAAGCCAUCUCUAAAAAGAAAGCUUCUGGAGAACAUUGAUGGUGGAUCUUUAGCCAAGAGACUACAGUUUUGA